AGUAAUUACUGCUAAAACCCUUUCUUCUCUCUCUCUCUCUCUCUCUGUCUUCGCUCUGUCAUUCUCUUCAAUCACACUGUGAUUAAUGAAUCAAAUCCAUGUCCAACGUUUGAAACUUUCACCUGAAAAUUUGUCAUAUUUCAUUUCAGUUGAGAGCAGAGGCCGUCAUGAUCACGAGCAGGAAGACUUACAAUGAGGAAUUGUUGAUGUGAUUGACGCUCCAAUUAAUUGCUCUUUUCUGUUUUUUGGAGUCAAACAAAUAGAAUCCGUUGGGGGAAAAUGGCUUGGGGUAAUCAAUUGAAGGAGGCGGCGAAUGCCAGGCCAUUAUUCUUGACGAUCUACGCCACUGUGAUUAUUGGAAUCUUCGUAUCUUCCUUUUACGUAUUUUCCGCCGUUUUCUCCAGUUCGAAUUCCGUCUCUUCUCCAUGGUUCUCCACUUCACCUCCCUCCGGUGAUGUCGCUGAAGCAAGUUCGCCAUCCUUCAGUCAACCAUCAAAUGCUUCUCGCCAAAUAGUAGUCAGCAUAGCACCAGACUCGGCCUCCGUACCAGGAAGAAAAUUUCUGAAACCUCUUUGGAAGGCUCCGCUACCUGGUUCGAAAAUGCCACCUCUAGAGACCUUUAAAUUGACAAAGGAACUGGUGCAGCAGAGAGUGAAGGAUAAUGUUAUAGUUGUUACGUUUGGUAACUUUGCUUUCAUGGAUUUCAUUCUGACUUGGGUUAAACACUUGUCGGAUAUGGGUGUUGAUAACCUCCUUGUUGGUGCAAUGGACACAAAACUGUUGGAGGCUCUCUACUGGAAAGGUAUUCCGGUUUUUGAUAUGGGUAGUCAUAUGAGCACAAUAGAUGUUGGUUGGGGAUCGCCUACAUUUCACAAGAUGGGAAGAGAGAAGGUUAUCCUGAUAGAUUCCAUCUUACCUUAUGGAUUUGAAUUACUGAUGUGCGAUACUGACAUGGUCUGGUUAAAGAAUCCCCUUCCUUAUCUGGCACGAUAUCCUGAAGCAGACGUGUUGACUUCCACCGACCAAGUUUCACCAACUGUAGUUGAUGACCAGUUGGAGGACUGGAGACAAGCUGGCGCCGCUUAUAACAUAGGAAUUUUUCACUGGAGGCCAACUGAGACUUCAAUGAAAUUAGCAAAAGAAUGGAAAGAACUGCUUCUGGCUGAUGAAAAGAUAUGGGAUCAAAAUGGUUUCAAUGAGCUUGUUCGCAGGCAGCUGGGCCCACCUGUUGAUGACGACAGUGGACUUGUGUAUGCUUAUGAUGGAAACCUUAAGCUAGGCCUUCUCCCAGCAAGUAUCUUUUGCAGUGGACAUACCUACUUUGUGCAGGCCGUGUACCAACAACUCAAACUGGAGCCAUAUGCUGUGCAUACCACGUUCCAAUAUGCUGGUACUGAUGGAAAACGACACCGGUUGCGUGAAGCCAUGGUUUUUUAUGAUCCCCCAGAAUAUUAUGAUACACCAGGAGGGUUCCUGACAUUCAAACCUAAUAUACCAAAGAGCUUGCUGUUAGAUGGACAACAUAACAUUGAAUCACACUUUGCUCUUGUUAAUUACCAAAUCACACAGAUAAGGACUGCACUCGCCAUUGCUUCAUUGUUGGGUCGCACGUUGGUAAUGCCUCCACUCUGGUGCAGGUUGGAUAGGCUGUGGUUUGGACAUCCAGGCGUUUUGGUGGGUACUUUGACAAGACAGCCUUUUAUAUGUCCUUUGGAUCAUGUGUUUGAGGUUAACGUAAUGUUAAAGGAAUUCCCAGAGGAGGAACUUGGACCAGGAAUUAAUUUUAGGGAGUAUUCUUUCUUUGACAAUCCAUCUGUUCCGCAGCAGGUGAAAAAAUCUUGGCUUGACGUGCAUCUUUGUCAGGAAGGAUCACAUGGUUGUGAAGCUUCAAACAGCACAACUCAAGUGGGAAUUCUCAAGUUCCCUAAGCGGAGUACAGAGCAAAUGUUCAAGACCAUAUUCUCGUCCUUCAAAGAUGUGAAAGUCAUCCAGUUCUCAUCAAUGCAGGAUGCCUUCUUAGGAUUCAGUGACAAGACUAGGGAAGAAAGAUUCAGGAAGCGUGUAAAGCGGUAUACAGGUAUUUGGUGUUGUGUGGAAAAUCAGAGUCCGGGUCACAUCUAUUAUGACAUGUAUUGGGAUGAAAAACCUGGUUGGAAGCCAAAACCUCCCCAGACUCCGGAAGAGGAUCAUCCCCCUUUAUGAGGGCUUAAACCAGGGUUAUAGAUUCUAUAACACUGUUAAAACAGAGGAGAAAGCCAGAAGAAGCAAAAUGUUCAGAGUCGCCAGAAUACCAAAGCCAAGUAAUUUACAUUUUAAUGAGAGGGUACCGGUGUUGAUAGUUAUUGUACUUUUAAAUUUUGUAGUGAGACACGCAGGUAACUUCCUAGCUUUUGUGUAAACUACUAGAACUAUUACAGGGGAAGGUCGGUGCUACACGCAUGGCUAGUCCUACAGUGGAGUUGUGAACCACAUAAUGAUGUUGCCCUCACUUUAUGACAACGUCAUGUUCGAAGCUGGCGACUCUCAAAAUUUAUUUGGGUGGUUCCUUAGCGUGUAGCAUGAAUUUUUUUGUCACGAGUUUCUAUCUGAUUUGGUGUCAAAAAAUGUAGAGUACAAAAUAAACCUUGAAAUCAUAUUGGACUCGAGUGGACCCCUGAGUUCUGUAAUUCGCACUCCUAAUGCCAUUUGCUUUACAAUGACGAAGAGAAAGUGAUUUUGAUUUUGUUUAUGUUGUUUAA